AAGAGACGAGCGAGGCGGGUGAGGGAGCGGGUGGGUGCGGGCGUUGGGCUCCGUGGCCUGGUGGCCUCUCCGGCGGAGCGACAGGUCGUGUCCGCCUGACGAGUUCCGCGGAAGGGGCCGGCAGCUGGGCACAGCCACCCGUACCGGGCUGCCGGCUCCGGGGGCUGUGACCUAGGCAGCCGAAGGGACGCGGUCCUCGGCCGGCUGCCAGAGGGGGGUCGGGAGGCCGUGAGGAGACGAGAAGACGGACCCUCCUUGCUUUCGCCGCCUCUCGGAGGAGUUGCUUGCGAGGCUGGGGUCCCCACCGGGUCGGGGCAGGCGGAGCGCGUCCGCGGGCUGAAGCGGGAAAGCGAUUCCUCGGGAGAGGCGAGGGAAGCCGCCACCACGAAGGACCGCUUCCGGGGCCCCUGGGCGGGAUGGCGGCGUGAGGGGCUCCUCGGGGCCCCUGGGAAGGCCGCCCGGUGGAGGCGGCGGGCGAAGCCAGCGUUGCUUUGACGGCUACCCUCCAGAUGUUUCCUUAAAAGCCCGCCAAGUCCAGGGUGGGAUAGGCCGGGCCGAGAGGGAAGAGAAGGGCGGAGGUUGGCGAGCGCAAAGGCUGGCGAAGUUGGUCUUUCGUCGACCGAGGCCGGCGGGAGGCUGCGAUGAAUGGUUUCAGCACAGAGGAAGAUAGCCGGGAUGGUCCUCCUACCACCCCUUUUUACGGACAAAGUUGUUGCCUCAUCGACGACGGGGAUCGUUGUGUCCGCCCGGCUGGCAAUGCCUCCUUCAGCAAGAGGAUCCAAAAGAGCAUCUCUCAGAAAAAGCUGAAACUGGAUAUUGACAAAAGUGUAAGACACUUAUAUAUAUGUGAUUUCCAUAAGAACUUCAUUCAAAGUGUCCGAAAUAAAAGGAAAAGGAAAACCAGUGAUGAUGGGGGAGAUUCUCCGGAGCAUGAAAUAGAUGUUCCAGAGGUUGAUUUGUUUCAGCUUCAGGUAAACACUUUGCGCCGUUACAAAAGACAUUACAAAUUACAAACCAGACCUGGUCUCAAUAAAGCUCAGUUGGCAGAAACUGUAAGUCGUCACUUCAGGAACAUCCCAGUGAAUGAAAAAGAAACUCUUGCUUACUUUAUCUACAUGGUAAAAAGCAACAAGAGCAGAUUGGAUCAGAAAACAGAAAGCAGUAAACUGGAAUGAAAGACUAUGGAUUCAAACAAGUGUAAUAUUUUUUAAAAAAGCAGGUGCAUUAUAAAUACUUUUUUAAAAAAGUAAGAUUUUUGUGUAAAUUAAAAUAUACAUAAGAAAGCAAAAUUUGAUCCCCACAUUAUAAUACUUAAUUUCAGAAUGUGUAUGAAAACCUCUGCAGUUUCAAAGCAUGGUCUCUAACCUGAAGGAAAGAUCAAAAGAAACUCAAGAUGCCCAAAGCAAUGACUGUUUAAGAAAUUGACUUACGUUACAGAUUGUAACAUAAACCAUGCAUGAGUUUGGCAUUCUUGAAUAGAAUCCUAUCAUACUCACCUAGUAUUGAAAGGCACAGAUAAAGUAAAACUUCUAAAUUCUGAUUUAAAACACCUCUGCUCACCACACGCACUACAUAAAAUUACUUGUUUUGAGACUAAAUAUUUCAGAUUUUCAUGGGUGCUAAACAUUUCUAAUCUUAGUGUUUUUGCAUAUAUAUUGGUUUUUACAUUGAAACAUAGAAAUUGGCCAGCAUAACUCAUUUAUUAAUAUUUAUUAGAGUGUUAUGACUUCACAAAUUCUAAUGUGUUGAAUAUUUCAAUACUUCUGUUUUUCAAACAAACUAUUGAAUAGAGAGGUAUUGCUACAGAUUUGGACUAUUUGCUGAUUUUUUUAAGGUUGGAUACACACAUCACACACACACACACACAUAUUUGAAGCUAAAAAUAAUUUCAAGUUGCUAUGAGCUCUUUGUAAGCAAUUGGAAUCUCAGUCUGGUCCUAAUGAGGCUACAAAGCAAAAACUUUACAGUAAUAGUUAAUAAACUUGGCAAUGGCUUCAAUUUAUCUUUAUUUUGGUAGUGAGAACAAAUGUCAUGUUGGACCAUAUAUUUGUCCUAGGUAUCAUGUUUUAAAAUGCAGAGUUCUUGCUGUCUGCCCACAGUCCAGAACCUGAUAAUCAGUGUGCACACACAAAGCUUGUUCUUCAUUUACUUAUGUGAGGAAGGUAACAUAGUCUAAAUGGUUCUUCCUAUAAGUCCAGAUCUGUUUGAACAUCUUUUUUGGUCUCUUACUCCCAUAUUUUGCUAUGCCAAAAGACAUAAAUACAUUUCAAAAUAUCCUUUCGACUACCUUAUAUAGUAAACAUUCUGGAUAAGGUUGACAUUAUUCAGCAGUUGUCUCAGGCAUAGAACUACACUUCAUCAGCAGUUUUCACAUUGCAUUUAGUAUUAAUAUUGAAUUAAGGACCUCUAAGUUCUUUCCUGCUGUCCUAAAAACAUUUUAAAAAUUUGUCCAAAUAAAAAUAAAGUGUGUUCUAUAAGAUGCUAAGGGACAAAGUUUUGGUAGUUUUUUUUCCAAAAUUUAAUGAUGUGAAAACCUAAAAUGCACAUCUCAGCAAAUGCAAAAGUUCAUGUAUAUAGCCAUGUUGUAUUUGUAUUGCAAAUAGAUCACCAAUUUAUGUUACUCCAAUUAACUGAACGGCACUUUAAAAGUUGAUAUUUUCAUCUUCUUCAGUUACAACAUAAGAUAUGUCUUUUUAAUGCACAUUUUAAAUUUAAAAACACAUGGCUAUAUAAUGAAAACAACUAAAGUAUUUUAGACUGCUAGUUUGCAUUUUAAACUAUUAAACAAAUAGUCCCACUGCUUCCUUCACUGAAAGGCUAAACCAGAAAUCAAAUAUUUUAAAUGGUUUUUAUAACUGAACGUGUAACAAAACUGUAUUUGAAUAUUUGUAACUUCAGAAUAUUCACAUUAAAAAUACAAUGACCAUGACAUAAUUUCUCAAUAGACUGGCAUCCUAUGACAACCUUCUAGAUCUAGAUCAAAAGGGUAAACCUUUUUAUAACCAUUUUAUAUUGUAUGGGCUUGUAAUGCAAAUAACAAAGUUUCGGCAACUAAAUUACUACUAAAAAUGCAACAACUAUCUGUUUACACGAGCAAUCUGUUCAAUAGUUACUUUGAAGAUCAGAUUAAGUAAAGUAUUUUCCUAAAUCACCUAACAAGGUUUGCUGUCAUACUUUAUUAAAUCAAAAAUAAUUAUCAGGAAAUUGAGGACUUUUAUGUAAGAUGUGAAGAAUAACUGAUGUUAGAAUCUUUGAAACAUGUUUUUAGAUAUCUUUAUUUGCCUUACUCUCAGCUUGACCAAGUAUUGUACAAAUGUCUUGGCACAAGGAAAGGGCCAUUAGUUUUUCAUGACAUUUAGUGCUAGAGGCUAAUUUUAACAACAACAUAUAAUUUUGUGUGUGUGUUGCCUGUGAUUCUUGAACAUCUAGUAUUGCAUCACCAAAAACACCAUCAUGCAGUUCAAAAUAAUGGCAAAUUAUGCUGCAUGCCAUUUAAGGAAACUUUCAAAUUCCUAGUGGUUUUAAUAAAACCUUGAUCAUCAUUUUGAGCUUCAGAGGAUUUGAAUCCUAAGACAGUAUCUAACAUUAAUAGUUUAUGUGAAAAAAGAGUCAGAUUGGCAUGUUUAUUCAUAGAAACUGGUGGGUGGUAUUUUAUUGACUCUCAUUAAACAUCAAUUUUACAUUGGAUUUAAGCUAUUAAAUAAUAAACUUUGGCCUGGGAGUGACUUCCCACAUUGUCUAGUAGUUGUAGAUAAUACUGCUGACUACAGCAGUACUGAAUAAAACUCACUCAAAACCAAAGGCCUUCAAACCCACUGAAAGCUAGCAGAAGAUCUAUAAUUGUUAAAUGGGCUUUGCAUCAGAGCUGAAGAGUUUUAAUAUGGCACAUCUUCUAGAAUGAAGUUAACUUCAUCAAAGAUGGUUGUCCUCUGUGCAUUAGUUAUAGUUGUAAUGAUAGUAGUUAUAGCACAAGAAAUUUUGUUCAUCCCUUGAAUGAAGGAAAGAGCAAAGGGAAGGGGAAGUACAAUGACAAUUAGUACUGGAACAACAUUUUUAUGAAUUCCUGGUGCAAGGUGCAGUUGAGUGUUUUGGCGAAUGUCUCAGUCUGGUGGUUUAGCUUCCAAGUGUGAUUCUGUAAUGUAAAUGUUACAUAUCAGAUUCCUACAUUAAAUUUAAUGUUUUCUCUUGCAAGUAAUGCCAUAAAUUAUGGUUGAAAAGAAGAGGCUUCAGUGUACUUACAGAAUGCUGUAAAUUUGCCACCUGACAGAUUUGCCAAUAAAAAUUUCCUGUGAGGAUCAGGAAAACACCUUAAAGCCAAAGUAGUCCAGAGCAAGAAUAUUUUUCAUACUUUGAUAAAAGAAUAAAAAGAGCAAGUUGUAUUCAAGAAACAAAGCAGCUGGUGACUUGUUUGAGAGACGAUUUAUGAAGCAGUAUUCAAAUUUUUUAAUAUGUAAAUUAGCCAAAUACACUAUUGAGGGUAGGGAGGGAGAGACUGGGAACUUUGCACUUUAUCUUGUGUUGAUAAAUCCUAAUGUAAAUAAAAUGGAAACUCUUGAUAUUAUUAAAGAAAACAUUUUGAUAAAAUUGUUGUUCUAAGGGAAAGUGUUGUAAACAGCACACUACUGUCACUUCACCCUGUGCAUUAAGAUGAGGGAUAGCUGCUUACAAAAGAAGCCUUUCAGUGCUACCGGAUUAUUUAAAGGGCCCUGCUAUGAAAGCAUAAUAUAUCAACGUUCCUUCAUUUGUGCUACCUACCAUGCUGUACGUGCAUGAUUUUUUUCUCUUUCAAAUAUGUAAUGAUGCAGGGUAAUUCUUUUACAUAAUUUAUCCAAUUUCAUUUAUUCAUCACUUAAUGAGGUGUUAAAUUUUUAAAACUUUGAUAAGGAAAGGGGCUCAUGCCUUAAACUCACAAUUUUCAAUUAAGUAGGAGUUAUUAAAUGUUUAGCAAUAGCUUUUUUUUCUGCAGUUGAUUUCUUUUGUACAGUUUUCAAGCAGAGGCUUACGUAGAAAUCGCCAUGUAUUACAUUGCCCUCAUUCUCUCUGCUUUGUCCUGCUGAAUAUUAAAAAAAAUUAAAUACACAUUGACAAAUGUGUUUUAUUCCCUUUUGACAUUUAACAGCACAACCUUACCAUGAAAAAAUGAACUUUCUUUAUUCCUCAUUCAUUCUUGUGGAUCUUCAUGGCUAGUCUUGAUCCUUAAGGCAAAUGUUUUGGGUGAACCUUAAUUUUAAUUGUAAACUAUAACAGUGUAUCCUGAAGCAAUCUGGUAAACUUAUAGUGCAACUGUAGAGUUCUUUUCUCCAAGAUGUAUAGCUUGCAUCCUUCCUUCCACUGUGUAUAAUAGUUAAAUCUUUUA